GGAGCAACAGAAACCUGAGCUCAGGAAUUUAAGUCCCAGAGAAUCCAGCCCUCCUGACCUGAUGCCUACUGCCGGAGGCAUGGCCCACGUGAGACCCAGUCAUGUUCUGAGAGUGGGCCAAACCAUCUGCCUGGACUCGGUCCAGGACUCAGUCGCUCAGCAGCCCAGCUGUCACCUCGAGGACUCGGAUCUGGACAUGACCCUGGAAAACCUGAACCAACUCAUGAUAGAACUGGACCCCACGUUUGAACCAGUUCCUGUCAGCAAGACCCCGACCUGCAAAAAGAACCCAGCAGGCUCCUUGUUUUCUGACGUCUCAGAUGAAGUUCCUCGCUGCGUUCUGGUUCCCAGGGGGUGUCCGUCCAGCCCUUCGCCCACCGCGGUGCGACCUGCAGCGCCCAGCAGCCCCAUCCCAAUCCUGAGCUGCAGGCCUCAAGGUGCGCCGGUGUUCUCCGGCUCCCCUUCAUCCGUCCUGCCCCCGCUGCCCUGUGGAAGCGCCCCCAGGAGAAACCCCUCGCCCAAACCAGACUUUCCCCAGGGAUCCCUACGCACCACCCAGUCCAACAGGAACAGCGCCGCCUCGCUCCUCUCCACGUCUACGUGCUCUGACACCAGCUACAUCCUGGGCAGCAACCUGUCCCUGACCGGAGAAGAUCAUGACUCUACAGAAUCCAUCCUUCCCUGCACACCCGGUUCCUUCACGGAAGGAUCCAGAACCCGGAUGUUUGACUGCAGGCCGUCCCUGACCAAACACGGACAUCUUCAUGGACUCCAGAGUAAAGGAACAUGGAGCAGUCCUGCUUCACUGUCCGGUUCUCAAACGGAUAUUCCCCUGCUGCUCAUCAACGGAGAACCGGAGUCGGACCUGCACAGUCCACCAGGACCAGGGGCUGACCUGUUCCAGAACAUUCCCCUGUCUCCUUCCAAGCAAAGAUCUCCAGGUUACAUAGCCAGUUUCUGUAGCAGCUUACCGUCAAUGAAGUUUGUCAUGGACACGUCAAAGUUCUGGUUCCGUCCACACAUGAGCAGAGCAGAAGUUGAAGCUCUUCUAAUGGACAAAGAAGCGGGCAUGUUUGUGGUGAGGGACAGCACCACCCACAGGGGGAGCUUCGGUUUGGCCAUGAAGGUGGACCAGUCGCCCACCUCUGCUGCCACUGCUGCCCCAUAUCCAGGAGAGAGCAACUCAGACCUGAUCAGACACUUCCUGAUUGAAUCAUCAGCUAAAGGCGUUCGGAUCAGAGGGUCUUCUCAGGAACCGUACUUCGGAAGUCUCUCUGCGUUGGUUUACCAGCACACCAUUUCUGCGUACGCCUUACCCUGCAGGCUGCUGCUCCACCACCGAGAGAAGACGAACGAAAAGACGGCGGACGACAGAAAUAAAACAGCCUGUAACUUUGUUUACCUGAGCGCAGUCCCCACUGAGAUGCUGACGGGCCCCUGCGCCGUGCAGCGAGCCGUGACCUCCACGCUCCUGAUGCCUUCAGGUUCCUUCACCCCGACCAUCGUCAACCUGAAGGCGUCUCCGAAGGGCGUCACGCUCACGGACAUCAACAGGAAGCUCUUCUUCAGGCGCCAUUAUCCCGCUCACCUGCUGAGCUUCAGCGGAAACGACCCCGACAACCGUCUGUGGUGGAAAGGUUCAAACUUUGGUGCAAGGAUGUUUGGUUUCGUGGCCAAAGGCGUGGAGGUCGGCUCGGAGAACGUCUGUCACGUCUUCGCUGAGUACGACCCCCUGCAGCCCUGCAGCAAAGCUGUGAAGUCCAUCCAGGCCGCGCUAACCCAACCGUAG